AUGCUUGCGAUUGUACAUGGCUGCAAGAAAUUUCACCACUACAUAUUCGGACAACACACAGUCGUGGUAGAAACUGAUCAUAAGCCGCUGCAGGCCAUCUUCGCAAAAUCUCUGCAUGAGUGUCCUCAACGCCUACAGCGCAUGAGACUUUGUUUGCAAGCCUACUCAUUGGACGUAAGGUACAGACCUGGCAAAGAACAGCUUCUGCCAGACGGCCUGUCAAGAUUUCCAACAACAGAAGUCAUGGACGAAACGGACGAGAUGCUUCAAGUAAACACCCUACAGGAACUUCCCAUUGCAGAAAGGAGACUGCAACUCAUAAGGGAAGCUACAAAACAGAUGAACAGCUGCAGCUUCUUUCCAAGUACGCAGACUCUGGUUGGCCUGUACAUCGAGGGCAGGUUCCCAGCCUGGCAGUGGAAUUUUGGCCUCACAGAGAAGAUAUCCACAUGGAAGAUAGGCAUUGUUCUGCGCUCGGACAGGGUCGUCAUUCCGUUUUCGAUGAGGAAGUCUGUUCUCAAGCACCUGCACGCCGCGCACGUCGGUAAGGAAAAGAUGAAAAGAAGAGCAAGAUGCACCGUGUUUUGGCCAAAGUUGAACGAUGCCAUCGACAAGGUCUGCGACAACUGCGCCGAGUGUCAAGCAAACAAGCCGAGGAACAAGAAAAUGCCAAUGUUGUCUCAUGAGAUCCCGAGGUUGCCAUGGGAGCGUGUUGGGCUGGACCUGUUCGCACACGGCCACAAGAUGUACAUAGUCAUGGUUGAUUUUUAUUCAUUCUACUUCGAGGUUCAGGAACUACAAACUACAAACGCCCGCCAAAUCAACAACUUCUGCAUGAAAGUAUUCGCCACCCAUGGGCUGCCGGUAACUUUGGUGAGCGACAAUGGUCCUCCGUUCAGCAGCUAUGAGUUCAAGCAGUUCUUGGAACACCUCCAGAUUCGUCAUAUUACAGCUAGCCCCUACCAUCCGAGAAGUAACGGCAUGGCGGAGCGUGCCGUGCAAGAGGCCAAGAAGCUUCUUCGUAGGACAUCGAGGGCUGAGGAGUUUUAUUACGCACUCUUGGAGUGGCGUAACAGUCCACGCGACAGUGUCUUGAAGUCUCCGGCACAACGGCUGAUGAGUCGCCAAACCCGAACCUUGGUACCCUGCGCUACGGAGCACUACAAGCCUGUUGUGGUUCCACCGGACACCGUGAGAGAAAGACUCAGCGAGAUACGUCAACAGCAAAAGAAAUUCUACGACCGAGGAACACGGCCGCUCCCUGAAGUGGAAAAGGGGUCUAGAGUGACCAUCUACGACACGAAUAAGAAAACGUGGUCUCCAGCCAUCGUCGUAGGACAUGCAACCAGCCCAAGAUCAUAUGACGUUUCCACCCAAGAUGGAGUUACCAGGACGAGGACCAGGGAGCAUCUCAGAAUGCAAGCACCCAUGGAUCAUGUGGAGGCGGAAGACUCAUCGGCUGGAGAAGUGCCAGCACCCCCACGCAGAAGCACAAGGGCGAAGAAACAACCGAAACGCUACCCGGACUGA